AUGGCAUCGCCGGCACUUACUGCGAGGCUUAGGUACCUCCACGACUCUGCACAUCUCCUAGCCUUGGCUUCACCAUCCACAUCGGCUUUCAUGCAGACGGAGUUUCACAAGCUAGCACUGGAGAACGACCUCAAACUCCCAGAGGCGCGCCGUCGUGAGGUCUGCGGUGCUUGUGGCAGCAUCUUUGUUCCCGGAGUCAACGCUAUCGUCAGGCAGCAGUCACUACGACCGCCUCCCCAUAAGGUGUCAAAGAAGGAAAAGGCUAAGCAGCGGUCGUCGGUCGUGGAAUCCACUACAACAGCAGUUUACACCUGCAACAGAUGCAGCCGCAAGACACUGCUGGUAUCGAAGACUCAGCCUUCACCGAAGCCCUCCGCCGCUGGAUCCAAGGCAGCGUCUGCAGUCCCUUCGCCAACGCCAUUAUCCGCAUCCCUGGACUCAUCGGUUGGACCGUCCACGCCCACAGCGAGCAGCACUGCUAGUCCAACAGCAACGGGAGCGGUUCCCUCAGCAAAUGCUAGCAGUAAGAAACGGGCUAAGGCAAGGAAGCAAGGUAGUCUCCAAGCUGCGCUCGCGAAGAGCAGGACUGGACCGCCUGCGUCAAGCUCUGGUGGAGGCUUCGGUCUCGAUUUGAUGGAUUUGAUGAAGACUAACUGA